UUAUGGGAACAGCCGAAGAACCCUUUUAGGUUCUAGAUAUAGAUAGCCCUUGUCUAGAACCUAAAAGUAUAGCUUCGGUGUGUAGAAUGUGUAUAAUAUGGGAGAGUGAAUAAGGUACCGUAUGUGACUGAGUAAGGUAUGUGACUGAGUAAGGUAUGUGACUGAGUAAGGUAUGUGACUGAGUAAGGUAUGUGACUGAGUAAGGUUUGUGACAGAGUAAGGUAUGUGACUGAGUAAGGUAUGUGACUGAGUAAGGUAUGUGACUGAGUAAGGUAUGUGAUUGAGUAAGGUAUGUGACAGAGUAAGGUAUGUGACUAAGGUAUGUGACUGAGUAAGGUAUGUGACAGAGUAAGUGCAAGUGAAUUCAAUAAAUUCCGAAAGGCCUUGAUAGUUAUUGUUAAGGAGGCCCAAAAUGUUUCAGGGGGUUAAGUGCAUGUAAGAAGACAGAGGGGGCAAGCCAAGUGACAAACAAUUUAUCCAAUACAUUGUCUGUGGUUAGUCGAGUCUCUGUCUAUUCCCCAGUUAAAACCCAGAGCGGUGAUUGUCUCCUCACUCUGAGCUCAGCCAGCUUGCUGCAGUGUUGACUCUGGCCUUGAGCAUCCAGAACAGGGACCGUAGAGCUGAGUUGAGCCGAGCCCCUAGGCCCUGCCCCCACAUCACAUUAGACUACUGCCUAACAAGAACAAUCUGUGUGGAGCCAAGGAGCCCAGUCCUUUUCUGGGAAGCAAGGCAGCCAGAGAGGGAGGAGGGGAGGAAAGGGGGAAGGAGGGAUUUGUCCCGAUGGCAAAGAACUUUACAUUUUAUUUUUUCUGUGCCGAUCAGAGAAACCUCCAGUCUGAAAUCUAAAACUGUAGAAUUACUGUUGGAGGAGGUGAGUCAGGCACAUUCCCAUCCUCUCAGUUCAUUUCCCCAUCCAUUUUCCUCAAACUCUAAAGCAUCCACAGUUCUAGAGGAGCCUUUUCUGUGUGUGACCACUUCUGUGGGUGGUCCUACAGGAGAUGAUGUUCCUCAUGGCACUUCAUCUUAUUGGUCUGUUGGUGACGCUGUGGUCCAGCAGCCCCAGUCUGGCCACACCCCUCCCUUUCAACAUUUCAUUGGAGGGCAGUGCAGAGGGGGAGGAGCUAGACAGCCUCAUUGACACCCCUUCCCCACCUGCCACCAGUGGCCCCGCCUCGGAGUCCUCAACCACCUCACUUGGCUCCACCCACRUAGAGCACUUCCUGCUCAGCCAGAUGGUUCACUUCCUGCAGGAUAACCUGUUCCUCAUCCUAGUUUUCUUCACACUCUUCAUCACUAUCUUCCUCAUUCUCUGCUGUGCUUGCAUCAUGAGCCGCAAACGAAAGAUCAAUGCCUACUACCCCUCGUCCUUCCCCUCUAAGAUGUACGUGGACCAGGGGGACAAGACCGGAGGUACCAAGCUUUUCAACGAGGUGCYAGAGAAACCCUCCAACCGGCAGCAGGCUGAGCCAGUGGACUCCAGCAAGAAGCUCCAUCAUGACAUCAUGAAGGCAGCCAAGAACCUCCGCACUCUCUCCAAGCCUCCCCUGGGAGAGCGAGAGGGAAAAGACCCCACACAGAUAUCUGCAGCAGCAGAGAAAAGUCAUGAGGUGAAUGUUCAGGCUGUGGGAGAAAUAAUAGAGAAAGACAAUCAGCCAUCAAAUCCACCAGAGCUGAGUGAGGAGGAGGAAUGCCAGCUCUCAGUCAAUGAAGCCCAACAUAGCAGCUGCCCUGAGCAGUCAGAAAUCCUUCCGGAACAGACAGGCCUAAAAAAGGAUGAUGAGUCAUUCACAGGAGCUGAGUCUCCAUCUGGCCAAGGGCACUCACAGGCUCAGCAGGAAGAGGACAGGCAAGAGGACUCCACUGUCACACUGUCUAUUCCGUUGAUCACUGGAGAGAAAACAGCAUUUUAGCUAUGCUCUCGACACUAUGUUUGAUCUCAAUGGUUUUGACCAAUUUUGCAUGAGUGACAAUCUUUAAGGCAAAGCUGUCAGCUUUGUUUACCGCUCUUUGGAUUUACCAAAUUAUGUCUGUUCAGUUGUAUGUAAUCAUAUAGUUGAUUUACUUCUGUUUCCCAGGAGCCAUCUUUCAAUGUAUCUCUCUCUAAAGGGUUACACUAAGUAACCUGCCAUCUUUCAAUGUGUCUCCCUAAAAGUAUACACCUAUGUGACCUGCCAUCUUUCAAUGUCUCCCUAAAAGUAUAACACU